AUGAAAGAGACAAAUAAUGCUUUUCAUAUGUUAGCGAAAUGUAAUUAUGAGAUAUUUUGGAAACUUAAGGCCUAUGAAUGGACGGCUUUCCUUUUAGGCACAGGCAGUAGUGGCACCGUAUCAUACAUUUUGCCGACAAUUCCCAAUAGGAAGGCUGACUUCACUGGAGAGGGUGUGUCGAUUGACUACGAUUGGCGGGUGCUGUCAGCACAGGCAGUGUAUGAUUGCGAUGAAGUAGUUUUUGGCACUAAUAUGUUUCCAUCGGGAGUCCCAACCACUCACCACCGAUUGCAUCCAAGUGCUACCAAUACAACUACCGCCAACUUUAACUUCGUGUCGUCAGCCGCACAGUUAUCGGCCGCUGACCAGAACAGCUAUCUCUACACACAUACCAAUAGUAACAGUCCAUUGGGUCAGACGGUCGCCACACUGACGAGUGGACCACACUUAGGCUUACCCUCAUCACCCAUAUCACAAUAUAAUACUGAAAUUGGAGCCCCAUUGCCACCCAUGUCUACCGAAGUUCUACAGCCACCACCGCCGCCACCACUGACGGGUCCUCACACCUGGUACUCAAUGACACAACAACCUGUUGGAUGUCCUGGUAGAGGAUCAAUGGUGGCCGCUUCACCAUUUGUUGAUGAAUGGUCCGCACCAAACACUGGUUCCCCGCUGUCAGCCAGCAGUCCCGUCAGUUCACUGCCUCCCUGUGCGCUCGCAAGUGCAAUGCCUAUGCAUACAUCAUAUGGUCAACCAUUGCAAAUGGGCGCAUAUCAUCCACACGGUGUUCAUCGCGCUGACCCUUAUAGUGAACACUUGCAUCAUAUACCACACCACUAUCAUACACAUCCUUAUCAAAACUCCGGUAUAAUUGCACAGAUGAAUAGUGAGGUCACAUCAGUUCAUCCGAGUCCUGAUUCCGGACUUACGGCAUCCAGUGAUGGCACCGAAUCACCCAAUGCUCACCACAACGACACCAGUGGUAUGAGUACAACACCCAAUGGGACGGUCAUUAAGAGCGAGAAUAAUACUAACGGUGCAAAUCGUCCGCAACCGGCCCGCAGUCCAUAUGAAUGGAUGAAAAAACCUUCGUAUCAGAACCAGACCAACCCUAGUAAGUGCAAAACCAGAACUAAAGACAAAUAUCGAGUGGUAUAUACCGAUCACCAGAGACUGGAGCUCGAGAAGGAGUUCCACUACAGUAGAUAUAUAACCAUCAGAAGAAAGUCAGAGUUGGCCUCAAUGCUGUCGCUAUCAGAAAGACAGGUUAAGAUUUGGUUUCAGAAUCGAAGAGCGAAAGAGCGAAAACAGGCAAAGAAAAGGGAUGAAGUGAUCCGUAAAGACCAUCACAACAAUCCAAUAAUGUUUUAAAAAAAGACUUAUUUGUCAUUAGUGGACACAUCCCACCAAU